GCCAGAACAAAACCAUAUUAAAAGUGCUUUCACAUGAUCCGAUCCAAAGCCCAAAGUAAAAUUAAAAAUCACUGACACAUGACCGUUUCUCUGUAAACUUUUUGAUCGCGUCAUAUAUCGAAGCAUUCCGUGUUUAGCUUCUCCCAUUAGAAUUCAGGUGUAAAAAAAAAACAAGACAGAGAAGCCAAAAACGAACUCUUUUUAUUUUGCGAUGCCUCCGACCAAUGAUAACAGAAUCUCCGGCGAGCCACCGUAUAACUCGGCGUCUACACCACCGCCAAAGCCGAAAACAAGAAUUCUCUCUAUACUCCUCGUAGGCGUUAUCAUGUUAUCAAUAUUCUUUCUCUUUCUCCUCCUUAUUGGCAUCGCAUCUGUUCUUCUUCUCCCUUUCCUCCUCUCCUCUCUCCAUCGCCACCUACGACGUCGCCGACGUAACCGCCGACACGUAUCCUCAGAUGGGUUAUCUUCAAGAUUCGUUAAAAAGCUUCCACAGUUCAAAUUCUACGAACCCACCACACGGUUCGGAAGCGUUUGCGUGGUUUGUCUUGAUGGGUUCAGACAGGGACAAUGGUGUCGGAACCUUCCCGGCUGCGGACACGUGUUCCAUCGGAAGUGUGUGGACACUUGGUUGGUCAAAGCCGCAACUUGUCCUGUCUGCAGAGCUAGGGUUAGAUUGAGAGAGGAAGAUGAACAACAAGGAUUGUUGAGAUGUUUUGGUCAUAGAAGAGUAGUGUGUUAGAUUUGUAAGUGUUCUUGUUUUGUUUCAACUAUAAUUGAAUAAGAAGUUAAUGAUUAAACAUA